UUCAAGACAGUGACAGUGUAACAAAAUGUUACACAAAUGAACGUAAAUAAUGCGGAAUAAUAAACAUCAAAUUAAAGAGGAAUAAUAGCUUCCUGUAUGACAAACCAUCAAAGAAGUGCCAGUAAUGCUGGACACACUUUUAAAGGUUUCUUUCGACAUGUUAAAUAUGAACAUUUGGUUUCUGGUGUAUCUGGAGGAGUGAGUGCUACCCUUGUUUUGCAUCCGUUAGAUGUUAUCAAAGUUCGGCUUCAAGCACAUGAUGGAACAAAUGCAGACCCUCAUAAGUCAUACAACGGUCUGCGUCAUGCAUUUAAAAGUAUUUUGAAUGAGAGUGGAUGGAAGGGUUUGUACCAGGGUGCAGUACCAAACAUAUGGGGAGCUGGACUUGCCUGGGGACUGUACUUCUUUGGUUUCAAUAUUUUAAAAGAUUACAUAAAAGGUGAUACUAGGACUACCUUAUCCGCAAAAGAACAUCUGACUGUUGGCAUGUUAACAGGUAUUGGCACUCUGACUUUAACAAAUCCAAUCUGGGUUGCCAAGACAAGAUUGAUUGUUCAAUCAGAGUCUUCAAAUCUUGCUGUAAAAUCCACAAAAUAUAAUGGAAUGUUAGAUACAUUGUCAAAGACGUGGAAACAGGAAGGGAUCAAAGGAUUAUAUAAGGGCUAUCUUCCAGGCUUAUUUGGAGUAUCCCAUGGUGCUCUGCAGUUUAUGGCUUACGAAGAAUUAAAGAAAUUACGCAGUUCCUACUUUGGGACACCUGUUGACCAGAAAUUGAGUUCAGUGGAGUAUGUGGUGAUGGCGGCAUUAUCGAAAAUUUUUGCAAGCGGUACAACAUAUCCUUACCAAGUUGUCCGUACACGACUGCAGGAUCAAUAUAACAUUGGGCGAUAUAACGGAGCAGUCGAUGUUAUUAAGAAAACAUGGAGGUUGGAAGGACCGCUUGGAUUUUACAAAGGCCUCUUUCCUAAUCUUCUUAGGGUGACACCAGCGUGCUGCAUAACGUUUGUGGUUUACGAAAAUGUCCUUCGUCUUCUGCAGGGUGAAAAUAAAGAGAAAUGAAUAUUUUUCACUUGUAAAGUGAAGAUAUUUUUGUUAAUACGAGUCUCGACAACUACCACGUCCUGCAAGACUCGUAUUAAAGUCAUAUAUGUCGAGGGUUAAUCGGCAGUAAACAAGGUGGUUUGGGGGCAAAUAAGGUUUAUAAAAAAUAACGGAUUAUUCCCAUUUAGAUUUUUAAUACCCCUUUUGUUGUCUGCUGUAAAAUUCAUAUACCGUCAUAACGUUAUCGGAUCGCAUACCCAAUAAUAUAUAAAUUAUUUAAUUAAUUCAAUUUUUUGUUUGUAUUUCUUAUUGGCUUAAACAACAGACUAAAUCCCUUAAAUCCACCUAAUAAA